AAAACCUUAACAUCCAAAUAAAAUGUAAACGAUAACUUUAUGUGAUCAUAUUAUUGUAUUAUAUGUAUUAUAUACAGAAUUAUUCAAGGAUAUGUGUUCACCGUGGACAAAGAAAACAGACUCCGUUCAUAUUUACCUGGACAGAACUAAUAAUGCGUCCAAAACCUGUUCAUGCACCAUUGAAGGCGACACGGAAAACACAAAAAUGGCAAUUGUUGACUACAGGCCAUACACAGGCAACUCUAGUUGUGCUGGUAGCUCAGUUAUAGUAGAUGGUGAAGAUAUGUUGCAAUGUACAGAAAACGGCACAUACUUCUCAGUGUUAAACAAAAAUAUAACGAUCAUCAACAAUGUUACCAAAAUAGCAGUUUCAUUUUCUGAUGAUUUACCUCAGAUGUUAUGGCUACAUGUCAAAGGUAUAAAUAUGACAGUUCAGUGUGGUAACAAAAAUAUCAGCUCAACCUUUCCAUCUAGCUCCCCAACUAGCAUCUCUACUAUUGACACCAUUUCAACAGAUACCUUAACAACCUCACCAGAAAAAGAUACAUCAAGGGUAACAACUAACACAGAGUCAAAUACUGUAACGACUACUUUGUCGUUAAGUUACGAAGAAAACGAACAUGAAAAUGUUUUCAGCCUUCUGGUAAUAGCCGGGGGCUCAACUGGUCUGUUAGCUGUAGUUGUUAUCAUUACCGUUACAAUUUGCUUCCUUUGCAGAAGGAAAUCAAAUAGGACUACCAAAGAUAAGAACAAAGAGAACAUGUACGCGGAAUAUAAUGCUCAGUCAAACACGGCAAAUAUAUUUAAUUUAACAAUAAAGAGUGGUGUCAUAAAUCAAGGUUACGAAACCGAAAAUAAAAUUGGUGAUUUCGAAAUUAAGGAUCUUUCAAACUCAAACUAUGAAGAAGUAGGGAAGAAAAAAGAAGAAUCGGAUGAUGGUAGUUGUGACGACAAUGUGUAUGCAGAGCCCGCAGAUGUUGCUGAUAACAUGUAUGCAGAAACAUCCGAAACAGAGAAUCUAAGACCACAAACAGAACAAAGUAAAUUUGAGGGUGUUAAUUACACUGAACCGUAUGGUAAGUUCGUUAUCACUGAUAAUGGAAGCCAAACUAAUUAUGCCAAAGUCAUUAAAAGUGAGCGAAAGAAAGACGCGUAUGACACGUGCGCUGGAAUCGACAACUAUUCACAUAUUCUUAUUGACAUGAAAAAACAAAUACCGAAAACCGAGGACACUUAUUCUCAUAUGGAAUUUCCCGGAAAAAACCAUGACACUUCGUGUUUAGACAAUUAUUCACACACCAAAGUGAGACCAUGGGAUAGGAGUAAAGUACAAAAAUGUACUGGUAUGUACAUUAAUGUCAAAAUCAACACCACGCAGCAAGACCUGAUGGAUAGAGAAACUGUUAUAAAAGAAUCAGAUAAUAAUAGUGCUAGUCUAGAAGAGGAAGAAGGAGAAUAUGACCAUUUGGACCAUUUGUCUUAUCACUCUGUUAUUUAAAAUAAAUGUCAAUAAUGUCAAACUUAAACUUUGAUAUUCCUUUGACAAUCGUAUUUAAGAAUUUUGAGGAUCGGAUGAACAUUGAAUAUCAAACUAUUUCUUUGAUCGUUAUAUUUUAUUGUCCCAAAACGUCAGGGUCUAAUGGUUGAAGUUAGAUUUACGUGAGGAAGAUAUUUAACUUUUUAAUGUUUGAUGAUCGUCUACUAAGGAAUUCCGAAAUUAUGUACAAAAGUGCAUACAAUUUCUUUUUAAGUGUCAUGUGAUCUUUGGUGAUAAUUAUGUUUAACAAAUCCAACGUUGUUGAUAUAUAAA